UCCCCGGGCCGGUGCGCCCCGAGCCGUGGGCCCGGGGCUGGGCCAGUACCGCUCUUCCCAGCUGGUUUUCCGAAGCGGGCGGGGAAGGACAGGGAGGCCAGGACCCUCCUCCGCGCCUUUGAACUAGUCGUGAGCCCCUGGGACGCGGUGUCCGCCAGGGUCCCGCCGGGUCUCCGCGGCCCCAGCGGUGGCAUCGGGCUCUGGGUGCCCUUGAUCCCGGGGAGACUGAAGUGCCACCUCGCCCCGGGCAAGGCGACGCGGUGCUAGGCUGAGCCCGCGAUACCCGCCUCGGUCGCCCGCCUCUUAGGGCCCCUGCGUCCACGGGCUGCGAUGGCGGCGGCAGCGCUGAUGGACCCGGCGAAGGACUGUGUGACCUUUGAGGACGUGACCAUUUACUUCUCCCAGGAGGAGUGGGGACUCCUUGAUGAGGCUCAGAGACUCCUGUACUGCGAUGUGAUGCUGGAGAACUUUGCACUGAUAGCCUCACUGGGACUUACAUCUUUCAGGUCUCAUGUAGUUGCCCAGCUGGAGAUGGGGGCAGAGCCCUGGGUGCCUGACCGAGUGGACAUGACGUCAGCCAUGGCAAGAGGGGCAUAUAGAGGGCCUGGCUCAGAUUUUUGCCAUGGAACAGAGGGUGAGGAGUCACCUGCUGAGCUUAGUGUUUCUGUAGAAGUGUCACAGGACAUGAAUCCCAAGGUGGUUCCAUCCACCCAGAAAGGCUACCCCUGUGACCUGUGUGGCCUACACCUGAAAGACAUUGUGCACCCAGCUGAACACCAGGCAACACAUCCCUGGCAGAAACCACAUGUGUGUGAGGCAUACAGGAGAGAGUUCAAGUUCAAUGCCAACCUUCACCAACCACAGAUGCAGCAGAACGUGGACAAGCCUAUCGCAAGGAACGAAAGCAGCGCCUCGCUUGUGAAGAGCUGCAGAGAUGACACAUCAAAGAAACCUUUCACACUGAGGGAGAGUGGGAAGGCCUUUGUGUCCAGAUGUGGUUUUCUCCAGCACCAGGUCACUCCCCGUGUAGUGGAGCCACACCACAGCUCCGAAGGCGUGGUGGAUUUUCCCACUAUGCAAUGCCGUAAGAAGCGCAGUGAAUUUCAGAACGCUCUCAGUGACAAAUCCUCACUUGUUCAGCAGAGGACCCACACUGGAGAAAGGCCUUAUGAGUGCAGCAAAUGUGGGAUAUUCUUCAGCUACGCCGCUGGCCUCUUUCAACACCAGAGAGAUCACAAUCGAGGAAAGCCUUAUGAGUGUGGUGAAUGUGGGACAUUCUUUAGCCAGCAGUCCAGUCUCAUCAAACAUCAGAGAGUUCACACUGGUGAAAGCCCUCAUGUGUGCAGCGAAUGCGGGAAAUUCUUUAGCCGAAGCUCCAAUCUUAUUCAACAUAAGAGGGUACACACUGGAGAAAAGCCUUAUGAGUGCAGUGAAUGUGGGAAAUUCUUUAGCCAACGUUCCAAUCUCAUUCAUCAUAAGAGGGUUCAUACAGGUAAAAGUGCUCAUGAGUGCAGCGAGUGUGGGAAAUCCUUCAACUGCAACUCCAGCCUUAUUAAACACUGGAGAGUUCACACUGGAGAAAAACCUUAUAAGUGCAAUGAAUGUGGGAAAUUCUUUAGCCACUUUGAUGGACUUGUUCAACAUCAGAUAGUUCACACUGGUGAACGACCCUAUGGGUGCAGCGUUUGUGGGAAAGCCUUCAGCCGAAGCUCCGACCUCAUGAAACAUCAGCGAGUUCACACUGGUGAACGGCCUUAUGAGUGCAGUGAAUGUGGGAAACUGUUUAGCCAAAGCUCCAGCCUCAAUAGCCAUCGGAGACUUCACACUGGUGAACGGCCUUAUCAGUGCCCUGAAUGCGGGAAAUUCUUUAGCCAACGCUCCAGCUUCAAUAACCAUCGGAGACUUCACACUGGUGAGCGGCCUUAUGAGUGCCUUGAAUGUGGGAAAACCUUCAGACAAAGUUCUAAUCUGAGGCAGCACCAGAAAGUUCACAAACCAGAUAAGCCAUAUAAGUGCAAUGAAUGUGAAAAGGCUUUCAGCCAAAGGUCUACCCUCAUCCGGCAUCAGAAAAUUCACACCAGAGAAAGGAGUUCAGAGAAUGUGCACCCUCCUUCUUCUGCACGACAGCACCCACUAGAGAUUAACUCUGAGAGUGGUCUUUAUGAGGGAGCUGUCAGCCAGAAGUUGAACCUUGUUCAUCCAAAUAUCUAUGCUGGAGAGAUUCCCAAUGGAUGCUAGAUAUAUUGGAAGCUUUCUGGAGCAGGGUUGCAUUUUCUGACCACAAACUUUGCCAGAGUUUUUCUCACUGCUAAUGUCUGUGGUAGAAGUCGUCUCAGUUCUACCCACUGGCAGGUCUCCAGAGUGUGCAUCAGCCACUUUCCUGUGCUCACAAAAGACAGGCCUCUGUUUGCUCUUUCCAGGAGGGAAUCAUGAGUAGCCUGAGGCCAUGGGAAGAUGUCAUUCCCUCCCCCUGUGACUGGUUUAGCUGUGGACAUGACCCAUCUUUGGCCAUGAAGACCUGAGCUGGGUUCUACUGGCAGCUUGCAGAGGUUUCCCUUUUUCAAGGACAUUUGUUUAUCUUGUAUGAUGCUCAUGAUGGAUUCAUCCAGCUUCCACCUUACCCAUCUUAACAACUAUUUACUUUACAUUGCUCUGGUUUGGGUGAUAAGAGCCUUAUUGAUAAAGCCACCUUUAAUCUUCCGUGUUCUGAUAACUGUGGAUUGGGUUGAGAACAGAAUUAAGGUCUACCAAACCAAAGGGGUCUCCAAAUUUAUUGCCUCAGGGAAGAGCAGGAUGGCAGAGCGCAGUUUUCAGUCCAGAUUUGGCCUCGUUUGUGUUGCUACCCAAGGCAUCCUAGGGAAGCUUGUAGGGCUUUGUGGGCCUAAUGUUGUGGUCUGAAUGGCAUGAAUUUUUGUGAAUCAGCGAUUACUCUGAGGAAGGGGAGGUUGUGCAACCUCCAGUGCAUCUGGAAGCAGCCUGAGUUGGGCCCCUUGUUUACUGGGGAUGCCUCCUAUUCCUUAGCACUGUUGAGUAGACACUGUUUACCUGGCCCCUGCCAAGGAGUUAUAUGCCCUUGAUGUCUAAUGUUCCAGUAUAUGUCACCUACUGUAAGACUUACUGGGUCCAGUUGGCAAACAAGAGGGAAUGUACCUGUUCUAAAAGUGCAUCCACAAAUGUUCCCUUAAAUGUGACUGUGCAGGAUUCAGGAUUUGCAGAAGUUCUCAGGACCUCCAGACCUCUGUCCUUAUGACUAAGGUCACCGGCAGAGCAAAUUAUCUAAAGGUUUUGUGGAAUACUGCAGGCUCUCUGCAUUAUUCAUGUCAAAGCCAUUGCUGGGUUGGCAGGAAAAUGGGGACUAAGAGAAGGUAGAUCCUGUACGCCAGGGAUGAGGCAUUUGUGACAUAGCCAGCCAUCUCUGCUGCCAACACUUGAGGAGAGAGGUAGUAGAAUCAAUAUGGGGUUGCCAAAUCUUCUAGUUUUCGAAAAUGAGUAGGAGAUCAGAUUUUUAUGUGCAACAAUUUCUUUUAAUGCUUUGUUGAGAUAUAAUUUUCAUGGAAUAAUUGGCUGUAUGUAUUUAAUGUGUACACUUUGAUAAGUUUUAAAAUGUGUAUACACUCAGGGAACCAACACCACAAUUAUGAUAAUGAACUUAUCUAUCACCCACAAAGCUACCUCAUGCCCCUUUACUAUCCCUCCUUGCCUUCCCCAGGGAACCAUUACCUACAUCCCAAGGAAACCAUUGAUUUACCUUUUUUUCCACUAUAGAUUUGUUUGCCUUUCCUAGAAUUUUAUACGAUUGGAAUCAUAAAGUAUUUGUACUCUAUUUUUGGUCUGUUUUCUUUCAUAUAGCAUAAUCAUCUUGAGAAUCAUCCAUUCUGUGUGUAUGAGUAGUUCAUUCCUUUUACUGCUGAGUAGUGCUCUGUUGAAUGAAUACCACAGUUUUUAUGCUUUUUUUUUAAAUUAAAAAAUAUCUCAUAAAAUACACAACAUAAAAUUUACUGUCUUAACCAUUGUUAGGUGCACGGUUCAGCGGUAUUAAGUACAGUCAUAUUGUGCAACUAUCACCAUUAUUCAUCUCCAGAGUUCUUUACAUUUUGCAAAACUGAAACUAUACCCAUUAAACAAUAACUCCCUAUUUCCCCCUUCCCCAAGCCCCUGAAAACCAAUAUUCUAUGCUCUGUAAUGGAAUUUGACUACUCUAGUUAUCGCAUAUAAAUGGAGCUAUAUAUUGUCUUUUUGUGACUGGCUUAUUUCACUUAGCAUAAUGUCCUUAAGUUUCAUCCAUGUUAUAACAUGUGUCAGAAUUACAUUACUUUUUAAGCUGAAUAAUAUGCCAUUGUAUGUAUAUGUCAUAUUUUGCUUAUUCAUUCAUCCCUCAAUGGAUACUUGAUUUAUUUCCACCUUUUGGUUAUUGUAACUAAUGCUGCUGUGAACUUGGGUGUACGAAUCUCUCUUUGAAACCCUGCUUUCUAUUCUUUUGGGUAUAUACCUGAAAGUGGAAUUACUGGAUCAUAUAGUAAUUAUAUUUUAUUUUUUGAGGAAAAAAAAUUGUGUUGUGUUUCCCACAGUGGCUAUACCAUUUUACAUUUUCAGCAAGUGUUCUACUUUUUCUACAUCGUCACUAACACUUGUUUUUUCUGUUUUUUGUUUGUUUGUUUUGGAUAGUAUCUAUCUUGAUGAGUAUGAAGUGGUAUCUUGUUUUGAUUUGUAUUUCUGUAAUGAUUCAUGAUGAUAACUAUUGUUUCAUGUGCUUACUAGUCAUUUGUAUAUCUUCUUUAGGAAAAUGUCUAUUCAGGUCCUUUCUCCAUUUUUGAAUUGGAUUGUUUGUGUUUUGAUGUUGCUGAGUUUUAGAAAUUCUAUAUACUGGAUAUUAAUCUCUUAUUAGGUUUGUGAUUUGCAGAUAAUUUCUCCCAUUCUGUGGGUUGCCUUUUUACUAUGUUGAUAGUGUGUCCUUUGAUACACAAAAGUUUGAAAUUUUCAUGAGGUCCAAGUUGUCUUUUUUCUUUUGUUGCCUGUGCCUUUGGUAUCAUAUCCAGAAAAUCAUUGCCAAAUCCAAGUUAUGAAAUUUUCCAAUGUUUUCUUCUAAGAGUUUUAUAGUUUUGGGUCUUACAUUCAGGUCUUUGAUCUAUUUUGAGUUAAUUUUUGUGAAAGGUAAGGGUCCAGCUUCAUUCUUUUGCAGGUGGAUAUUCAGUUUUCCCAUUGAUUGAUUUUGUCAAAAAUUAUUUGACCGUAUAUGGGAGGGUUUCUUUCUGGACUCUAUUCUAUUCCAUUUAUCUAUACUUUUUUCUUUAUGUCAAUACCUCACUAUUUACAUUAAUGUGGCUUUGUAGUAAGUUUUGAAAUUGGAAAAUGUGAGUCCUGCAAUAUUGAUCUUCUUUAUCAAGAUUGUUUUAGCUAUUCAGGGUCCCUUGAGAAUCCAUAUGAAUUUUAGCAUAGAUUUUUGUUUCUGCAAAAAAAAAAAUUACUUGGAUUUUGGUAGGGAUUGCAUGAAAUCUUUAGAUUGCUUUGGGUAGAAUCGACAUCUUAACAACAUUCAGUCAUCUAAUCUAUGAAUGUGGGAUAUGUUUCCAUUUAUUUGUCUUCUUUAAUUUUUUUUCAGUAAUGUUUUAUGGUUUUAAAAUAAAGUUUUUACCUCCUUGGUUAAGUUACUUCUUAAGUGUUUUACUCUUAUUGAUGCUGUUGUAAAAGGAAUCGUUUUCAUAAUUUUCUACUCAGAUUGUUCAUUGUUCGUAUAUAGAAAUGCAACUGAUUUUUCUGUGUUGGUUUUGUAUCCUACUUUGUUGAAUUAAUUUAUUAGUUCUAAUAGUAAUUUUGUGGAGUCUUGAGGGUUUUUUAGAUUUAAGAUUAUUUCAUCUGUGAACAAAGAUAAUUUUACUUAUUCUUCUCCAAUUUGGAUGCCUUUUAUUUCUUUUUCUUGCCUAAUUGCUCUGGCUAGAACUUCCAGUACUAUGUGGAAUAGAAAUGGUGAGAGUGGGCAUUCUUUCCUUACUCCUGAUUGAAAAGCUGUUAGUUCUUCACCAUUGAAUAUGAUAUUAGCUGUGGGUUUUUUAUACAUGGCUUUUAUUAUGUUGAGGUAGUUUCCUUCUAUUCCUAAUCUGUUGAGUGUUUUUAUUGUGAAAGAGUGUUGAAUUUUGUCAAAUGCUUUUUCUGCAGCAAUUGAGAUGAUCAAGUUGUUUUCUCCCUUUAUCCUGUUAAUGUGGUGUUAGAUGAUUUUCAUAUGUUGAAUGAUCCUUGCAUUCCAGGAAUAAAUCCCACUUGAACAUGGUGUUUAAUCCUUUUAGUAUGCUGCUGAAUUCUGUCUGCUAGUAUUUUGCUAAGGAUAUCUGCAACAGUAUUCAUAAGGGAUAUAGGUCUAUACUUUUCUUGUAGUAUCUUUUUCUGGCAUUGAUAUCAAGGGAAAUGAAUUAAUGUGUUAUCCUUUAAGUUUUUGGAAAAUUUUUGACAAGGAUUAAUGUUAAUUCUUCCUUAAAUGUUUGGUAAAAUUCACCAAUAAAGCUUUCAGGUCCAUAGCUUUGUUGUUGGGAGGUUUUUGAUCACUCAUUCAAAUGAAUGAAUUCAUUGAAUCCUCUCAUUCAUUUUGCUUAGUAGUUACAGUUUUAUUCAGAUAUUCUCUUUCUUCAUGGCUCUGUCCUGAUAGAUUUUUUGUUUCCAGGAAUUUGUCUAUUUCAUCUAAGUUAUCCACUUUUUUUCAUACACUUGUUCAUAGUACUUUUGUAAUCCUUUUUAUUUCUGUAGAAUCAGUUGUAAUGUUUGUACUUCUAUUUUUGUUUUUAGUAAUUUAUGCCUUUUUUAGUCAUUCUAGCUAAAGGUUUGUCAAUUUUGUUAAUCUUUUUUGAAGAACCAUCUUCUGGACUCGUUGACUUUUCUCUAUUGUUUUUCUAGGUGUGCUGUGCGUUUUGUUUUCUUUCAUCUCUGAUUAUUUUCUAACAUUCUCUGUGAUUUCUUCUUUGUUCCAUUGAUUGUUUAAGGGUAUGUUGUUUAAUUUCCACAAAUUUGUGAAUUUUUCAGUUUACCUUUUAUUAUCAAUUUCUAUCUUCAUCUGGUUGAGGUUGGAGAAGAUACUUUGUGUAAUAUCUAUCUUUUAAAAUCAAUUAAGCCUUAAUUUGUGGCAUAACAUGGUCUAUUAUGGAGAUGUCCCAUGCACACUUGAGAAGAAUGUGUUUUCUUCUGUUGUCAAGUACAGUAUUACAUACAUUUCUAUUAGAUCUAAUUGAUUUAUUGUGUUGUCAAGUCUUCUGUUUCCUUAUUGAUUUUUUUUGUCUGGUUGUUCAAUACAUUAUUGAGAGUAGAGUAUUAAAGUCUCCAACUAUUACUGUAGAACUGUCUAUUUACUCUUUUAAUUUAACUGUCAGUUUUUGCUUCAUAUAAUUUCUUGGUCUGUUAUUAGGUGCAUAAAUGUUUAUAAUUGUUAUAUCUUCUUGCUGCGUAGAACCUUUUAUUGCUAUAUGAAAUAUCUUUUGGCUCUUGUAACUUUUCUUUUUUAAAUAAAGUCUAUCUUGUCUGCUAUUAGUAUAGCCAACCUCACUUUCUUUAGUUAUUUGCAUGGAAUAUGUUUUUCCAUCCUUUCACUCUCAACCUACUUGUGUCUUUGGAUCUAAAGUUAGUCUCUGUAGUCAGCAUAUAGUUGGGUCAUUUUUAUUUUUUUAAUUAAUUUAUUUAUUUUUGGCUGUGUUGGGUCUUUGUUGCUGUGCACAGGGUUCCUCUAGUUGCGGUGAGUGGGGGCUACUCUUCAUUGUGUUGCACGGGCUUCUCAUUGCAGUGGCUUCUCUUGUCACCAAGCAUGGGCUCUAGGUGCGUGCACUUCAGUAGUUGUGGGUCACAGGCUCAGUAGUUGUGGCUCACGGGCUCUAGAGCUAAGGCUCUGUAGUUGUGGUGUACGGGCUUAGUUGCUCUGCCUCAUGUGGGAUCUUCCCGGACCAGGGCUUGAACCCGUGUCCCCUGCAUUGGCAGGCAGAUUCUUAACCACUGCACCACCAGUAAAGCCCUAGUUGGGUCAUUUUUUAAAAAUCCAUUCUGUCAAUCUCUGUCUUUGAUUGUAGAGUUUAAUCCAUUUACAUUUAAAAUAAUUACUGAUAAGAAAGGAUUUACUUCUGUCAUUUGCUAUUUGUUUUCUAUAUGCCUUAUAGCUUUUUUUUUGUCCCCUAUUUCCUGUAUUACUGUCUUCUUAUGUUUUUGAUUUUUUAACGUGAAUAUUUUAAUUCCCUUCCCAUUUCCUUUUGUGUAUAUUCUAUAGCUAUCUUCUUUGUAGUUAUCAUGUGGUUACCAUCCUAAAAUUAUAACACUAUAAUUUGAAUUUAUACCAGCCUAACUUCAAUAACAUACAAAAACUCUGCUCCUAUACAGUUCCAUCUCCAACCCUUUCAGUUAUCGAUGUCACAAAAUUACAUCUUUAUAUACUGUAUAUCCAAAAACAAAGAAUAAUUGUUUUUUAAUGCAUUAGUUUCUCAAAUAAUGUAGAAAUGAAAAAAUGGAGUUAUAAAGUUACAAUAAUAGUAGUUUUAAAAAAUGCCCAACGUAUGUACCUUUACCAGAGAUCUUUAUCCCUUCAUACAGCUUUGAGUUAGUCUAAUGUCCUUUGAUUUCAACGUGAAGGACUCCUUUCAGCAUUUCUUGCUGGGCAGGUCUGGUGGUAACAAACUCCCUUAGAUUUUGUUUAUCUGGGAAUUUCUUAAUUCUUCCCUCCCAUUUGAAAGACAAUUUUGCCAGAUAUAGGAUUCUUGUUUAACAGAUUUUUUCCUUCAGCACUUUGAACAUAACGUACCCAUUGCCUUCUGGCUUCCAAGGCUUCUGGUGAAAAAUCUGUGGGUAAUUUUAUCGAGUAUCUUUUGAAUGUGCCAAGUCACUGCUCCCUCAUUUCUUUAAAGAUUUUUUUUCUCUGUUUUUUGACAGUUUGAUUGUGAUGUGCUUUGAUUUGGGUCUCUGAGUUCAUUCUUGGAGUUCAUUGAGCCUCUGGGAUGUUUAUAUUCAUAUCUUUCAUCAAAUUUGGGAAGUCUUGAGUCAUCAAUUCUUCAAGCUAUCUCUCUUCCCCUUUCUUCUUCUUCUGGCACUCUUUGGUGAUAUUUCCAUUUUUCAUUUCCAUUUCCAUGUCUUUAGUUCUUUGAUUAUCUACAAGACAGUUGUUUUAAAGUCUUUGUCUAGUAGAUCUGCCAUCAGGUCUUUUUAAGAGACAGUUUCUGGUGAUUUCUUUUUUUCCCCCUUGAAUGGGCUGUGCUUUCCUGUUUCUUUGUAUGGCUUGUAAUUUUUUGUUGAACACUAGACAUUUGAAUCUAAUAAUUUGGUAACUUUGGAAAUCAGAUUCUUCACCUUCCCCAAGGUUUGCCUUUUUUUUAAAUUUAUGUUUUUAUACAGCAGGUUCUUAUUAGUCAUCAAUUUUAUACACAUCAGUGUAUACAAGUCAAGCCCAAUAGCCCAAUUCAUCACACCACCACACCCACCCCAUCCCCCCCAGCUGCUUUCCCCCCGUUUGUUCUCUACAUCUGUGUCUCAAUUGCUGCCCUGCAAGGUUUGCCAUUUUUAUUUAAAAUUUUUUUUUAAUUGUUGUAGGCUGUCUCUGCUGGUGAUCAACCUGAGGUGUAAACUUAAGGUCUUCUCAGGUCUUUUCUGAGCUUGUGCCUUUACAUGUGUCAUGACUUUCUAAAUUCCCCUGUAUAUGUGAUUGCUUUGAAAUGUCUUAGCCCUAAAAAUCUGGCUUCCAAAAGGAGAAAAGAGAAAAAUGAAGGGGGGAAUAUGUGCUGGUGCAAAUCCCCUGGAAGUUGCUUCAACUGGAGAGGGAGGGGCUUUCAACAAUGCAAUGACGUUUACACAAAUGGUUGCGCACUUCUGUGUCUUCACCUCUGCAGUCAGAAGCAGCAAUAGAUCAGAGCACAAGUCCUCAAUAUUUAAAGAGCAGGGUUUCACCCAUGUUCCCAUCAACUGCGUGCAAGCUGCUCCAGGGACACAUGCAGAACUGCCAGCCAUGGGGCAAGUGUGUGGGGGAUGGGUAGCUGUUACAGUGCUAUGGGCUGAAAUUGACCAAACUGCAAUUUAGUGUCUUCAGCUUUCGUCUGGAAGUUGUAAGCCUUUGAACAGACCCCAGAGCUCCAAAAUAGGUAUGUGAGAUACAUUUUGUCAAUACAAUUGUCUAGUUGGGGAGACAAGUUCCUGAUGCUUCCUGCUCUACCAUCCUCCCAGAUUCCUUAAUCAAAUGCACCGCAAUUUUUAAACACUUUCUUCUGUUAAAUGACAUACAGGUUUUUGGCUAUUACAAAUCAAGCUACUAUGACCAUGAAUGUACAGGUCUUCAUAUGGGCCUAUGCUUUUAUUUCUCUUGUGUUAAUAUGUAGGAGUGCAAUGCCUUUGUCACAGGGCAGGUGAAUAUUUAAAAAUUUUGCAGACUGCCAAAUUGUGUUCUAAAGUGACUAUACCAUAUGUGUUUCACCCAGCACUGAAUAAAGAGUUCCAAUUCUUCCACAUGUUCACCAGCAACUGCUAUAAUCAGUGUUUUUAAUGUUUGCUAUUCUAAUAGGCAUGUAGUAGUAGAAUCUCAUUGUGGUUUUUACCUUGAAUUUCUGUAAUGACUCAUAAUUUUGAGCAUUUUUUAUGUGUUUAUUUGCCACCCAUGUAUCUUCUUUGGUGAAAUGUCCAUUCAUAUCUUUUGCCUAUUGUUAAAAUGAACAUUGGUUGAUAUUUCUAUUUUCAUUAACAGGAAUACAUUGAAACUGCAAAGAAAUUUGUUGGAAUGUCAGUCAUUUAUCAGUGACGUCAGUAAUUUAUUUGCUUAAUGGGGUAAAAUUUUUUGAGUACUGAAAGAAUAUUUCCUUGCAAUUCUGUGCUGUACCCAACAGACAAAAUACACCUUUAAGUUUAAUCUGAAUUAUUAACAUACUCUCUACUUUCUUAAAUCUUCACAUGAAACAAUAAAUCAAGCUCUGAGUUGUAGUGUUUACCACACAGUCAGUUUCAAGCUACAACAUGAUGUCUGUGAAUGUGAAAUUAGGGCAAGGUGUGUAGUAGCACAGCAUCAUAUUCUGUUUCUACCAUACGGGGAUACAUUAAAUAUAAAUACUUAAAGCAUGGAUAAUAGUAAAACGUAGUAAAAUAAUGAAUGAUGAGUUUUAAGUAUCUCUUAGCUUAAAAAAUCCAGCCUUACUCAAGUCUAAACUAUACAUAUUUAACAUGUAAAAUUUGAUACAUGUUUCUACCUAUGAAAUUAAAGGUUUUUCUUGAGCCCUUUGUAAUCUCCCUCUGUACUCAUCCAUCUGCUGGAAACCACUGAUCUGCUGUCUGUCACUACAUAUUUGUUUACAUUUUUUUCAGAAAAAUUACAUUAAUCAGGGAGCAGUUUAGGUAGGCAGUUAGAGU